CAGGGUUUGACUGCGCAAUUUCAGUUUGAAGAUAGAAACCGAGCGAGGUUUUUAAAAGAGAGCGGCCUAAUAGUCAUCCUCUGUUCGUCUUAAUGACAGUCAACUGGUAGGAUUUCUACGUGGGAUUCAAUCCCAAUUAUUGUUAUUUUCCAUCUCAUAUUUUAUUUAUUAUUUCUCUUGAGAUUCAUCUGUAUCAGAAUGUCCUUACAAUCAUCGUACCAUUGUAGAACGAGAAGGCUUCACGCUAAUUCGUCUUCCUCCAUUUGUUUCCGAGUUAUAUCAUUGCAUUAUUCUUCAAAUAUUCUGAUGCUCCUAACGAUGAGACUGCUGGUGGCACUGGCCCUAUGUCUGUGCUUCUACGCUCCAUCACCAGUGCUGUCUUUCACCCUGCCCGAGGAGAAAUUCAUCGAGAGUAAAAUGCCAGAUGUCGGGGAAGAGAGCACGGGGCAAAACGACAUUAACUCGAUAGCAAAAUCGUUGAUUCGAGAAGUAUUCGGCGGUGCGGACGAGAGAGAAAUGGAUGCCGAAGAUGAGGGAGAAGAAGCAGGUGAGAUGAGCCUAUCGAAACGUACAACCGGAUCAAAUAGACCUCAGAGAGAAAUAAGAGCAAGGGCACAAUUUGCAGGGAGGCGACCACCAAUUACAACUCGCUCUAAAUUCACAUGGGGAAAAAGAUCUUCUCCGUCAAUGAUUUCAAGACCGACCGCCGAACAAUUACUCGAAGAACUUCAACGGAACGCGGAGAUGUCAGACGAAUGGCGGGAUAGUGAUAGACAAGCACUAUUAAACGAUGCUGCCCUCUACGACAACCUGAUGGAUAAACAUCAAGUUCAGAAGGACGCGUUCUCGUCGUUUUCGUUCGGAAAACGAGGUAUGUCGCCGUUUUCAUUCGGCAAAAGAAGUAUGCCCUCGUUCGCGUUCGGAAAGCGAGGUCUCAUGUCGAGUUUCGCAUUCGGUAAAAGGCCACACGGUGGUUCAGCCUUUAUUUUUGGUCGACGGGACUGGGAGCCAAGGGAGACGGACUUUGAAUCAGGCCCAUUCAAGAGGGGAAAUGUAGCCUUUUCAUUUGGCAAACGGGCAGACCAAUAAAAAAUGCAAUUCAAAAAAAUAAAUAAACUCGAAUUCUGUCAAGAAAAUAAUAAAAUAGCGCCAGUGUUUGUACUGUGUGAUCAGCAUGCAUUGCUUUCGAUCCCUGCCUAGCAUCAAAAUAAAUCUUGUUCAUGUGAAGAGUACUAUGAUGGAGCAGUAAUCAUUUUUAAAGUUAGAUUAAUAUUUUGUUAACUGCUUGUUUUUUUCAUCAUUGCUUAGUUUCAUUGGGAAAUGUUUAAAUGCUAUUGAUAACGAAAACAUGAUUUUGACAAUGUAAUAUCAUUUUUGAAAUAAACAUUUACCUCUUGUGUUUUGAAGUUACACGAAGAGGUUCAUUGGUCUACGAAAGUGUCAAAUUGAAAACUAAUUUAAAAAAGAGAUCCUGCGUGGGCUUGAAAGGUUAUUCGAAAUUAUCCAGGGAGACUCAGACAAAUUUGUAUGAAUGGCCAUUGCUUUUGUAUUCACCAUUCAUGGUAGAAAAGCAAACGUUUUGUCCUAUUUUCGUGACCUGGUAGCAACAUAUUACAAUCAAAGAAGUUCUCGUAUCAAGAGUUUACCUUUGCAAAAUUAGGACAGUCUUGAAGAAACAUUUGAAGCUAGCAUCCGAUUACCUUAUUCUUCCUGAGUGUUACGAGAACCCUUGACAAAGAUUACCCCUUGUGGCAAAAUAAAAUACUCCUUGUAUGUGACAUGAUUUCUUAUUUUCAAUUACUCAGCCCAUUAAUAAUAUUUAAUGACGGAUGACGUUAGUGCUCUUUGUAGUUUUUGAUUAACAAGAAUGGUUGAACUUUCGUAAAAUGAGAUUGAGGACGACUUGAAUGUCUAAUGAUUGUUUGUUUUAAUGCUAGUAUAACGCAACGCUUGAUAAUUAAAGAGUUUAAAUCAGAGAUAAAUUUUACGUGAGUCUGUUGUGUCAACGAUCCUCGAAAUAAAUAUCAAUGAACUUUCAUGAAUCUAAUCUUUUAUUAUGAUGCGAAUGAGAACGUUGUAAUUAGGAGGGGAAUUGUUAAUAUGCUUGAAACAGGUACAAUAGAUUUCGUUUUGAUGCGAACAUGUUAUGUUUUAAGAGCUAGGUGGGCGUCGCAGUUCAUUUGACAGGAUUUGACAAGAUAAACUUUUCCUCGAUCUUGUUAUCCUGUCUAAAUAUAUUUGAAUGAAAUGAAAUAAACUAGAAUAAAUAUAAAUAAGCAGUUUAGGUAAUUAAUGAAAAUGUGCCCGUAGAUUUGCGCGGGCAGGGGUUGCUCUGAUCACGUGUCCUUUUUUCUCGCAACUGUAACCGUUAAAUGUAAAAUUAAUUUAUCAAAUACGUGUAUUCUAUUUUGCAUUUUGUUUGAAGCAUCGAUUGUUUUCGAUAAGUUUAUGAUACCAUACUGAUUGACAGUUGCGAUUAAGAAAGUACAAACAUUGAUGUGUCAGACCACAGGACCGUUUUCAAUAUUUAAAUUUCGAUUUUUUUUUGUGCUUUGGUGGUACAAUCAAUAACAUGAAUAACUUGCAGUGUUCGAAGAUUUUAUUUUCCUCUCUGAAAAAAUGACAUUAUUUCCUGUGUUACACUGUGUCAUACUUUGUCAAACCCUCCUAUAAAUAGAAAGAAAUAUGAAAAAUAAAAUGUUAUGAAUGAAACUACA